AUGAACCUUGAUCGGUCUUCCCAUUUAUUUCUUUUUGUUUUGAUCACAUUACAUUUCAUUCAUUGUGAUGAACACGAUCAUAAAUAUGAAGACGGCAGUGAAGUUGUUUUAUGGAUGAAUACAGUUGGCCCAUAUCAUAAUCGUCAAGAAACAUACAAUUAUUUUUCAUUACCAUUUUGUCGUGGAAUAAAAAAAGAAAUCUCUCAUUAUCAUGAAACUCUAGGUGAAAAUAUACUCGGCGUUGAAUUAGAAUACAGUGGAGUUGAGAUUAAUUUUAAACGUGAUAAACUAAAAUCAGAUUUUUGUGAAGUAACUUUAACACCAGAAUCUUAUGACACCUUUAUAUAUGCAAUUAAAAAUCAUUAUUGGUAUCAAAUGUUUAUUGAUGAUUUGCCAAUAUGGGGUAUUGUUGGUGAAAUGGAUGAAGCAGGCAAAUCUGUAUACAUAUGGACACAUAAAAAGUUCGAAAUUGGAUAUAAUAAUGAUCGAAUUAUUGAUGUUAAUUUAACAUCGGAAGCUAAAGUACGUUUACAACCAAAUGUACAAUUACAAUUUUCCUAUGAAGUUAUUUGGAAACCAACAAACAUUCAAUAUAUGAAUCGAUUUGAUAAAUAUCUUGAUCCCGGAUUUUUUCAACAUAAAAUUCAUUGGUUUUCAAUAUUUAAUUCAUUUAUGAUGGUUCUAUUUCUUGUUGGUUUAGUUAGUAUGAUUUUAUUACGUACAUUAAGAAAAGAUUAUGCACGCUAUGGAAAUGAUGAAUUAGAUCCUAUGGAAAGCGAUUUAGGUGAUGAAUACGGUUGGAAACAAGUUCACGGUGAUGUAUUUCGUCCACCAGCACAUCCGAUUUUAUUCGCUUCAUUGAUCGGUUCAGGUUAUCAAAUAGCAACAGUAUCAACACUUUGUAUUUUAAUAACAAUCCUAUUCGAUAUUUAUACAGAACGCGCAUUACUAUUCAGUACAGCUAUAUUUCUCUAUGCAGCAUCAUCUAUUGUUAAUGGGUAUGCAGGUGGAAGUUUAUAUGCACGAAUGAAAGGUCAAUUAUGGAUAAAACAACUAAUAGUUGGCGCAUUUCUUGUUCCAGCUGUUAUUUGUGGUGUAACAUUUCUUGUUAAUUUUAUUUCGAUUUAUUAUGGUUCAUCACGUUCGAUUCCAUUUACUGUUAUGUUGAGUGUCACAGCAAUUUGUUUGUUUAUCAUUUUACCGUUAACAGCAAUGGGAACUGUAUUAGGAAGAAAUAUUAGUGGAGAACCAAAUAAUCCAUGUCGAACAAAUGCUGUACCACGGCCCAUACCGGAAAAGAAAUGGUUUAUGGAACCAAAUAUAAUUAUAUUAGCAAGUGGAAUAUUACCAUUCGGAUCGAUAUUUAUUGAAAUGUAUUUUAUUUUUACUUCAUUUUGGGCUUAUAAAAUCUAUUACGUUUAUGGAUUUAUGUUACUUGUCUUUUUAAUACUUGCUGUUGUUACUGUAUGUGUAACAAUCGUUGCCACUUAUUUUAUGCUCAAUGCUGAAGAUUAUCGAUGGCAAUGGACAAGCUUUUUAUCUGGUGCAUCAUCUGCAUUAUAUGUUUAUUUAUAUGCUAUGUAUUAUUUCUUCUUCAAAACGAAAAUGUAUGGAAUGUUUCAAACUGUAUUUUAUUUUGGUUAUAUGGCUUUAUUUUCUCUUGGCCUUGGAAUAAUGUGUGGUACAUUUGGUUACAUAGGAACUCAAGCAUUUGUUCGAAAAAUUUACUCAAUUAAAAUAGACUAA